AGGAGAGUCUCAGAUCUUAGACAUUCUCCAAAAGGAAUAAGGAGCCGCCAAGUAAUUAUUUUUAGCGGGCUUCUUGUUAGACCUGCCAAGUAAAAAUUCUUCCGGAGUUCAGCACUGUCUCAAGAGACUUUGUUGGCCUAUGAGUUCCUGGGGUGUAGUCGAUUCGGCGGCAUGGGUUAUCAUAUUCAGGAUGCUACUGUUACGAUGCUCUCAUAUUUGGAGAUGGACGUCAUGUGUGCUACAAUGGAGGAUACAAGGGGACUUGGUGGACGUGCCUCGAAACCCAAUCCUCCCAGCCGAAAUUCUCCCCUCAGCGCCGUCAUUAAAGAUCAUGCCCUCAGUGCUUACCGCCUUUUCCGCUUCCCUACUUCCCAAUACCCAUAGUCCACAUCGUACCACCCUUGUUCCACCUCCACAACUGUUCCGUUCGCGGCCCUUCGACGCUUCCAGAAUCAACCCUCCCUCUCCCAGAGCAGCAUCGCAACAUCAUUGGGGUUGCUACCACAGCAACAUAUCAGAGUCUGCCAAACUCCAUGGCCUUGUCAAGCCUCGUCCAUUUGUAUAUUGUGUAUGUGCCGUGGUUUCGCUCCACCGUCCUUGGGGUUUUCUGGAGGAGUCGUUUUCGAGGGGUAAGAGCAUCAUCCGCAGUCGCACAUGCGGGAGGGUGGCGGACGAGUGUUGUGAAGGCAGAUGGUCUGAAUGCCCUGUAUUGAGGCUGCCGUUGCAGCUUCGAGGGAUCGGGAGGGUUUGUCGUACCGUUUUGUUGUUGAGGCAGAUGUGCGGUGUUUUUGGAGGGUUGAACCUAGUUGUCGGGAAGAAAAGCCGAAAAGCAAGGCCAGCGAGGCUGAUCUCCUUCCUCACCCUUCAUCAACUUCAAACCGUCCCACCACCAUGCCCUAAACAAGUAUCAGUCUCCCAAAGGUCGGCCUUGCAUCUUUGCAAGAUGUUCCAUCUCUCCCCACGGUUGGAUCGCGGAGAGGGUGCUUGCGGACGACUGAAUUCCCGGUUCGUCACGACAGACGUUCACUGCUUCAGCCCAAGUGAAGCUUGAAGCUCAUCGGCGUCAUGUUUCUACUCCAAUUGUGCAGCUUGUGGUGGUUGAUCUGGUGAAGAUGCCAUGCAUAAGAGUAUCAGAGAGGUGAGAAUGGAUGCUCUCCGUUUUGAAAGCUUUCGUUCUUUCGACUGUUUUGUUUCAUACUCGUUGCCCGAGUCAUAGAGCCUGGUUAGUGCUGGAGAUCUUCGACCUUGUUGUUUUCAUUCAUCGCCUUCCGAUUCAUCUUUCAUUGUCAUUGUGAUUAUCUAUUUGUAUUGAAUUUCAGGAGAUUUCCCCAAAUUUCCUAAAUCACGCGAGUGGCUUCAUAGCUGCCGGAGAGGGGCUCAACUGUGGGUUUCUUACGAUGUCCACUUAAGUGGGAG